AUUAGGAGGAGGUGAUAAGGAAAUAAAGCAGGUGACUGGGAAGGGAGAAGUGAGAAUUCUGUUCGAGAAGGGAGACUUGAGAGUUAAUAACCAUCUCUCAGAGGAGCAGGAGUUCUCUGCAGGUAGCAGACUGGAAAUGCGAACUCGUGCACCCUCUUUGGAGACAGGCUUUCUGUUCCUUCGCUUGCAGGAAGGUGCAUAUUUAUUUAAAACGGACUGAAUUUCCUGCUCAAUGGCUGGUCUUGAUUCUUCAAGACUAGUGGGUAUUUCCUUUUAAUGUCUCCAAUGCUGUUUUUUCCUUUUUGAGGUUGAGGGGGAAGAGGUCGGUUGAAAUUCUGGUUGGCUAAGUGAGAGAUUCUCAGAAAUGAGAAAGGGGGGAGGAAACAGACUUAGAAGGCGGCAGGAGCCCCCGGUCGCUCCCCUUUGCUGCGCACCCACUACCUCCGCCUGGUGACCUUCCUUGGAGACCCCAGGAGGCUGCAUCAAUAUUUGAUCAGCCUUUUGCCAGCGCGUUGCCAGCACUCGUCGGCGGGGCUUGCCAGGCAUCGCCAGCGCGGCGCUGAAAACAGCGCAGGGGCCGCCGGGGGCUUUGGGAGGACCGGCUCUGCGUUCGCCCCCUCCCCCCGGGCCGCUGGGCUUGGCCGCGGCCGGGCCGCUGUGCCCACCAUGCGCGGUUGCACGCGGCUGGCGCUGCUCUGCGCGCUGCCCUGGCUUCUGCCGUUGGUGGCACCCGGGCGCCCUGCGCCACCCCCAGCGCUGCCCCGCGACCCCCGCAACCCCGCCAGGGGCGCAGAGUUCGAUCGCAUCUACAGCGGGGUUGUGAGCCUCCCCACCGAGAACAUCUACUCCUUCAACUACACCAGCCAGCCCGGCCAGGUGACUGCCGUGCGGGUGUACGUGAACAGCUCCUCCGAAAACCUCGACUACCCGGUCCUGGUUGUGGUUCGCCAGCAGAAAGAGGUGCUGUCCUGGCAGGUUCCUCUGCUCUUCCAAGGACUAUACCAGAGGAGCUACAACUACCAGGAAGUGAGCCGUACCCUUUGCCCCUCCGAAGCAACCAAUGAAACAGGACCUCUGGAGCAACUGAUAUUUGUAGAUGUCGCAUCCAUGGCGCCCCUGGGUGCCCAGUACAAACUGCUGGUCACCAAGCUCAAGCACUUCCAGCUGCAGACAAAUGUUGCCUUUCACUUCACUGCCAGCCCCUCUCAACCUCAGUAUUUCCUAUACAAAUUUCCUGAAGAUGUAGACUCAGUUAUUAUUAAAGUCGUGUCUACAUUGGCUUAUCCAUGCUCUGUUGUCUCAGUCCAGAAUAUCAUGUGCCCAGUAUAUGAUCUUGACCACAAUGUGGAAUUUAAUGGUGUCUACCAGUCCAUGACUAAGAAAGCUGCCAUCACACUACAGAAGAAGGAUUUUCCAGGUGAGCAGUUCUUUGUGGUGUUUGUGAUAAAGCCUGAAGAUUAUGCCUGUGGAGGAUCUUUCUUCAUCCAGGAAAAGGAAAACCAGACUUGGAAUCUACAACGUGCAAAGAACCUUCAAGUCACCAUUGUUCCUUCCAUUAAAGGAUCCGUUUAUGUGAAAGCCAUUCUUCUCAGUUUCCUCAUCUUCUUCUCCUUCUACUUGGGAUGCCUGUUUGUUGCAUUGAUUCAUUAUAUCAGGUUUUGGAGAAAAUCCACUGAUGGAAGCUUUGGUUCCAGUGAUGGCUCUGGAAAUAUGUCGGUGUCAAAUCCCAUUGCUGCCAGUACCCCUGAAGGGAGCAAUUACGGGGCAAUAGAUGAGUCAAGCUCCAGUCCUGGCAGGCAGAUGUCCUCCUCUGAUGGUAGACAGCCAUGCCAGUCAGACACUGACAGCUCCGUGGAGGAAAGUGACUUUGACACCAUGCCAGACAUUGAGAGCGAUAAGAACAUCAUCCGCACCAAGAUGUUCCUUUACCUGUCAGAUCUGUCCAGGAAGGACCGAAGAAUUGUCAGCAAAAAGUAUAAGAUUUAUUUUUGGAACAUCAUUACCAUUGCUGUGUUUUAUGCACUGCCUGUAAUCCAGCUGGUUAUCACCUACCAAACAGUUGUCAACGUCACUGGCAACCAGGAUAUCUGCUACUACAACUUCCUCUGUGCUCACCCCUUGGGUGUCUUGAGUGCCUUCAACAACAUUCUCAGUAACCUGGGCCAUGUGCUCCUGGGCUGCCUCUUCCUGCUGAUAGUCUUGCACCGGGACAUUUUCCAUCGAAAAGCUCUGGAAGCCAAGGACAUCUUUGCCAUGGAAUACGGGAUUCCCAAACACUUCGGUCUCUUCUAUGCCAUGGGCAUUGCACUGAUGAUGGAAGGGGUGCUCAGUGCUUGUUACCACGUCUGCCCCAAUUACUCCAACUUCCAGUUCGACACUUCCUUCAUGUACAUGAUCGCCGGCCUCUGCAUGCUGAAGCUCUACCAGACCCGCCACCCCGACAUCAACGCCAGCGCCUACACUGCCUACGCCUCCUUUGCCCUGGUCAUCACACUCACCGUCCUCGGAGUGGUGUUUGGGAAGAAUGACGUGUGGUUCUGGGUCAUCUUCUCUGCAAUCCAUAUUCUGGCUUCUCUGGCCCUCAGCACCCAGAUCUACUACAUGGGUCGUUUCAAGAUAGAUGUGUCUGACACAGAUUGGGGAAUUUUCCGGCGGGCCGCUGUGGUGUUCUACACGGACUGCAUCCAGCAGCGCACCCGGCCUCUGUAUAUGGACAGGAUGGUAUUACUCAUCGUGGGGAACCUGGUUAACUGGUCCUUCGCCCUCUUUGGACUCAUCUACCGACCCAGGGACUUCGCUUCCUACAUGCUGGGCAUCUUCAUCUGCAACCUGCUGCUCUACCUGGCCUUUUACAUCAUCAUGAAGCUGCGCAGCUCCGAGAAGAUCCUCCUGAUCCCGCUUUUCUGCAUUGUCGCCACCGCUGUAGUGUGGGCUGCCGCCCUGUAUUUUUUCUUCCAGAAUCUCAGCAGCUGGGAGGGAACGCCAGCUGAGUCCAGGGAGAAGAACCGAGAGUGCAUCCUGCUAGAUUUCUUUGACGACCAUGACAUCUGGCACUUCCUCUCUGCUACUGCCCUGUUUUUCUCAUUCUUGGUUUUGUUAACCCUAGAUGAUGACCUAGAUUUGGUUCGGAGAGACCAGAUUCCUGUCUUCUAAGCCUCCAGCAUGGAGAGCUGGGGAGAGAGAGCCACUGAUCUUGGUGCUGUUUCAUGAAAAAUACAGGGACUGCAGCAAAGUCACCACUGCCAAAUGCUCCACUCGCCCAUUGAUGGGUGAGCUCUGUACACAUUCCCACAGGGAGGAGAGGCGCUAAGAGGGACCCAAACCUGCAAGAAAAGGAGGCAGAAGAGAAGUUGCAGCUGUAGACAGAGAUGAGCCCUCCAGAGUCAGAAAC